AUCCACACGCCCCGCCCCCCGCGGAGCGGAGCAUCCCGGGCCUGGAGCUUCCCUGGGCCUGGAGCACCCCGCGCUGGGCUCUGCGUGGGCGACGAUGAGGGUCUGGAGCUCGGAGCAUGUGUUCGGCCACCCGUGGGACACAGUCAUCAAGGCUGCCAUGAGGAAGUACCCGAAUCCCAUGAACCCCAGUGUUGUGGGCGUCGACGUGCUGGAGCGCAGUGUGGACAGCCGGGGCCGGCUUCACAGCCACCGCCUCCUCAGCACCGAGUGGGGGCUGCCCAGCCUCGUGAGAGCGAUUUUGGGAACCAGUAGGACUUUGACAUACAUCAGAGAACAUUCUGUUGUGGAUCCAGUGGGAAAGAAAAUGGAGCUCUGUUCCACCAAUGUAAGCAAUGGCCACGAUGAUCACACUCACAAACUGGGUGUCGGUGAGCGAGAGGCUGGUGUACACACCCCACCCGGAGGACCCAGGAAGGACCGUGCUCACCCAAGAAGCCGUCAUCACCGUGAAGGGGAUCAGCCUCGGCAGCUAUCUGGAGAGUUUGAUGGCCAACACGAUAUCGUCCAACGCAAAGAAGAUGCCUCACCAAAAAAACCAUCAAAAAGCAGGAAAAGGAAGAGAAGAAGGAAGAAGCAAGUCUGGAGUGCGGUCCUGGCUGGGUUGGGAUAGGCGGGAGCUGCUGGGCCACAGCCUCCGCCAGCCUUGUCGGUCAUGAUCACACAGGGCAGGAGGCCCAGCUGGUGGUGGCGCCCGUGGAGCGAGGCCCGGGGAGCAGACCUGCUGGGAGGAGGCCGGGCCGCCGCUCUGCCCACUCCAUGCUGAGCCAUGCACCUGCUCUGCCACCCGCGUCGGGUUUGCUCAGACGGCUGUGGGGCCUUAUCUGUCCUUCCUCAGCUCCAGCUCUCCUGCCAACUCUCGGGGUCUCACUAAAGAGCUUGUCUCUUUUCAGAGGACACCCCAUUUCCCUCACUCGCCCUUGAUCCACAGUCCCACUGCCGGUCUCUUCACACACAUCUGGCCACCAGUUGUCACCUCAGAGGCAGUUGACGUGUGUCCGUGUCUUACCCCUGUCACGGAUCUGCACACGCUAGAGUCGGGGCAACACAGGGACAGUUAGGAUUGGUGGGGAUAGCCGCAUGCUCUGCCCUUGGGCUGCAACUAGACUGUCCCGCCAUCCGGGGCCCCCGGCCGGACCGCAGCCUGUACUGCUCCUCACCACGCAGGCACCCACAGCCACUGUCAGGAGGUCGCAGCAAAAGGGCUGUGAUUUCAAGCUCUCAGCUCUCCUGUUAGCAUCAAGGUACCUCCCACUGGGAGUUCUAAUUUUCUCAUUUUCAAAAGUAAAAUGUAGUAUCUCUUUUAGUGUGUUUCAAAUUAUAAAAACUUUAGAGAAGCUCUCCGUAAAGGAUGGGUAGAACUAUAUUCUACUGUGGUUUUUUUAGGUACUGCUUUUUCUUUGAUAAUAGUACUUCCAAUCCAAAAUGAAAUGAAAUUCAUUUUUAUUUUUAUGAGAAUAUUUUAUGCACAUAGCGUAAGGUGAAAUAGAGUUAAAAGUUUUAUGACAAAAACAAUCCCUCUUACCUCUUCUGCAAAGCACUCUUCUACCCUUCUGAGGGGACUGUUCACUCUUUUGAUAGUUUUGGCAUUUACUGUUAGAUUUCUAAAUUAAUAAGCAUAUUCUGCUAUUUCUUGAUUCAACAAUUUUAGACUUUAUCUGCUGACUUCCUGCCAUGGUAGAUGGUUAUUUUCUCUCUUAAAUCUUCUUCCCCUCUCCCAUUUCUCCAAUGUAGCUA